AUGAACAAACUCGCCCACGGGGGCUCCUACUCUGGUCGAGAGGACGACGAGGCGGCUAUACUCGCCUUCUGUAACAUUCAGAAGGCUGCCGCUCUACCGUACACGAGGCAGCAGGUGUCGGAGACACAAGAAGAGCCCGUGGCUGCGCUAGCUGCGGCCACCGAGAUGGAGGACAUCGACCUGGCUGAGGCGAUUGCCGAGUCAGAGCGCCGUCACACCGACCUUGACGCUGCCCGCGCGCCCAGAAAGCGCCGGGCUGUGACGCAUGACGAUUCAGACACUCCCUCUAAGACAUCUGAAGCAGCGAGGCCGCGGAAGAAGGCAGCCAGGGCCUCCCGCACCUCCACCACACAGUCUGGGAUGACUAUCGCGGGCUCCUCCCGGAGCACCGCCACGCAGAGAUCGACGAAGAAAACGCGGCGGCCCACUCGUUCACCUGCCGCCUCCCGGCAGCCGGACGAGGACGCAACCGACCCCGCUCCCACCGCCAACACGUUUGCGGGCGCCAGCGUCGAUGCGAUGGAGGAUGGCGCCGCGCCUCCGGCGCCGGCCCAAAAGAAGCCGCCGCCUAUCGUCAUCCAAUGGGCCGGCGAGUACAAGGAGUUCCAGCACAAACUGGAGAAGGUGGCCACGUCCGCCACUGUCAAGAACGCUGGCCGUGACCUCUACAAGGUCACAGUGUCGUCCAACGAGGAGCACCGCGCGGUGAUGGACGCCAUCUGCAAAGAUGGCCUCCCGUGCUACACGCACCCCUCCGAGUCAGCCUGGAGCAAAGCGGAAGUUGAGGAACCGCGGGAAGUCGAGAUCGUGAUGUCAGAGGGAGAGGACGUGCGACUCCGCGCUCGCGAGACUGGUACACGUGUGCCAGGAACGCCCGUGCCGGCCGGACGCGGUUCGGCGGGGAUUACUUCGUCGGCCGCCCCGCCAUCAGCCGGCACAUCUAUGACGACCCGACCCGGCGCGAGGGGAAGUAUUAGUACCCUCGCGUCGAAGCUGCCUCAGGACCACGAGAUGGAUUGCACUCCGGACCUGCCAGCUGAAGAUGAACCUGCCCAAGCCCCUGAAGCCUCGAGAGAUGGCAAAAUGCACAGAAGAGGAGACCGUAGCCUCUCUGCAGCCGGCCGAUGCGAACAAGGCAACACAGCUGCAUCUGAGUUCCAGCUACCGCCACGCAAAAAACAGGCACGGCUUCGUGGCCCGAGAGCUCGAUAUAUCCGUUACCAGACCCUACAAGGGACGGGGGUGACACUGGACGCCGCGAGCGUAGCAACGAGAAGAGCAACAGCGGCUGCUGAAUACGCCCGCUGA